UCCGCUCAGUUCCAACUCCGCUCCGACAGUCAGUUGCGCCUCGUCCCCGUACCUGUUCGGCCGGUCGCCCCUGUGUGUCCCCGACAUCGUGCCGAUGUGUGCCCCCGGGCCGGUGUAGCCAUGUGUGGACCCCUGGCGGUGCUAUGUGUGUGCUAGUGACAGUUAUGUGUUUAGGCCUCGUGGUGCUGGAGGGUCUCGCGCUGCCGUCUACCCUUCACAGAUCAGCGUGUUCGCAACAGUGUGUGGUGAACUGUGAGCGAACCAUGGGUGACCCAGAUGUGGCAGGCAACACCUUCUGCUGUGACUGCAAGUCAAUAUGUGACAAAUUAUGCCGGUUACAAGAUGGAACAGGAUCAAACUCUGUCCACUCCGAACCAUCUUCUCCUGCCAACUCAUCUCUUUCUCCAGAGUCUGCAGUGGUCUCAGGACUCUCUGGCAACAAGAUGAAACACCUGCUCGCAUCCUGCAGGACUUGCAGACCGAGGACGCGGAGGAAGCCGAGGUCUCCGUCAUUGAGAGAGGCUGCACUCAUCGCUCGGAGUGUGGGUCUCGACCUCGGUGCACCAGGAGACAAAAUGUCCUCGGUUGAUGAUCGUAUCGUCAGUAACGAGAUGAUAGCCGACUGGUUCCCUCAGCUGACAUCGAUGUCUCGGGAUCUGGACGUGGUGAGCGCCAGAGUAGCCUGGGAGCCCCUCCUAGGGUCGGGACCCUGGUACCUAGUCACCUGGGGGCCCGAGGACGGGGGCCUCAGUGGAAACCUGCUCACCAACACCUCGACCAUCUCACUGUCCCUAGGAUCCGAUACUCUUUACCACGUACAGAUAUCUGUGACCAGUACUGGACAGACCAGCCAGUGUCUACUGGUAGAUACGCACUCGGCCCUCGCCCCAAGGCUGAUGUCCCCCCUCUCAGGGGCGGAGGGUGUGGCGGGGGCGGGGGCAGCUAUAUUGGUGUUCCUCCUGGCCAUCUUGCUGCUAGCCGGGCGGAACCGCUCUCCAGCCAAAGACAAUGACCAGCCUCGUGACGCCAAUCGCUUUAAAUUGUACCCGCCGCCCGUGACGAUAGCUCGUCUCACCCCCGUCGCCACCCCCGCUGCCGCUCCCCACCACCACCUCGGGCACACUGGCUCUGGCUGUCUAGCCAUCUCAUACCAAAUAUAGACUAAGCUCUCUUUGUACUGUUAUACUGUGUAAAUAAAUGUGUACACUACAUGUAAA